UCAAUUCAUGUGCCUCACUACCUGUCCAGCACAAUGCAGCCUGUUACCUGUAUGAUCUCAGGAUUCAAAUCACCCCCUUGACAAAACAAGGAGCUACAGUCUUUUUUUGGGGGGCGACCUGGGCUUCAAAUUGCAACACGAGCCAAGCUGAAAAUGGCCGACGCGAAAAUCACAGCCUGUCUGCUCGGGGUCGUGGUCACGCUUUUAUCGUGCGCCGAGGCGACGAAUUACACAGUGGGAGGUUCUGAGGGAUGGAAGAUCCCUUCUAGCGCCGGCGCGUAUUCCGACUGGGCGAGCCAACACACGUUCGAGGUCGGCGACGUUCUAGUGUUCGAUUUCGACUCGAGCAACAACGACGUUGGGGACGUGACCAAGGAAGACUAUGACGCCUGCAACACCGACUCCCCAUUCACAGUCCUGUCCACUUCUCCGGCUAAUUACUCCCUGGAUACCGCCGGCGACUAUUACUUCCUCUGCACCACCGCAGGCCACUGUUCCCAGGGUCAAAAGCUGGCCAUCACCGUCACGGAGCCUCCGAGCGGCCCAACCUCCAGCCUGCCGGGAUCUCCACCGCCGCCAUCCCCCACCACUGGCGCGACCACAUCUCCGCCAAGUGCUGGCUCGUCUCUCGGUAUUGCACGUCUAGUCCUUCUUGUGUCCAUUCUCAUGGGCUUAUUGUGUUAG